AUGUUUCCACGGCUAUGUAAGACAGGAGUGAAGUGUGUGGUGGCACUGCUUGUGUUCACACUGGUUGUCGUGUGGAAUAUCAGCUCACAGUCUAUGGUAGACCAUCAAUGGAGGGACCAGAUCUUGUCGCCAUUCAAUAUGAGAGCGCUUGCAGAGGAAUUUUUUCAUUCUGGAUCCACUCACAAAACUCAUUCCGAUAAUCAAUCACAAGUAGCGAGACCACGGCAAAAACUAUCGUUAAAACUUCACUCAUUGCAUCAACCAUCUCCACCGACACUAAGAACACAUUCUCACCGACCCACUUCCUUUCUCCUUGCCCUAGGCUACACAGAACAACUCAGCGCUGCUACUCACACUAUGUUCAACCUGGGGGGUCUGGCCGCUGACUGGGGGGUCAAUAUGGUAGAGCCUUUCGUGAAGAAGUCGUUUAUAUUCGGACUUCAAAAUGUCUUACCUCCUGAGUUUACAAUCGCGGACAAAAACACAAUUGAACUGUUUCAAAUCUACGACCAGGAGAAAGUUAAUAAAGUUUUUCAUGAGAAAAUUUCACCUCAAGUAACGAUGUUCGAUUUCAAGCAUUUUAUCGAAGAUGCACCUGAAGAUAUUACCCUGUUCCAUUUCGGAACUAGAAGCAGUGAUCAAACUCAGAGAAUAUUUGCACUUAACGCUCAUGACACUAGCAAAAUAGAGCAGCAAUUGAGUAAGAGUAAAGACUCUGUUCUGCAAUGUCACUCCAUGGAACUGAACGAUCUACAGCGGCUAGCUCAAGACAUUGAGGGGGAAAUGAAUUCUGAGAGACUCAAACAAACUCUUAAAAAUGAUAAAAGUUUCAAAGUGAACCGUAUCUUGUGCCUUGAUCCCCAAAAGGUGUACAGAAGUGACAAACUCAGACAGUAUUUGCCGAGUGCCACGACGAUUAUAUUCACUAAUUGGAAGGGGUGUGGUCUCCGAAAGUGUACCUAUAACGAUGAAGAGUUAGACACGCCACCACCAUUGUGGAAAGAUUCAUUUCGAUAUGCCAUUCGUACAAGAACACAUGCCAAUCCACGGCUGAACAAUCAACAUAUUCUGCAUCAUGCAAGUGUGGAAAAUUACGCUAAACGCUAUUUGAAACACCUUGGUUACACAGAAUCGUUUGUAUCUGUUCACGUGCGAAUUGAGAGACUUUUGAAACUUUCUAUUGAAAAGAACAAUCCAAAUUUUGUUCAGCGAUGUCUGAAAGAGCUUCUAGUAAUAGCUCACAAUUUAACGUACAGUGGAAACAAGAAUACAAAGACUCUAUUACUGACUGAUGUUGGAUCUAAAUAUGGUACCAGUACUUGUAGGAGAGGAAAAAAGUGCAAUACAUCUCGUACAAGUUUAAUUAUGAGUCAGCUGCAAGAGCUAGGAUUGCAACACAACUGGUACGACCCGAGUGUAUUGAACAGUACUGAGAACAGUGGAUAUGUGUCCCUUGUAGAGAUGCACAUGUUAGCUUUAGGUGAGCAGCUGUUGUUAGUUGGUUUUGGUGGAUUCCAAGCUAUUGCAAAGAGCUUGUUUUUAUCUUAUGGUCAUUCAAACAAUGAUGUCAAUCAUAUCUGUCAUUCAUGAGCCUUGCUAUAUAAAAAAAAUUUCAACGUAAUUUUAUCAUUACAA